AUCGCACCUUUAGCCAGUGUCAUGUGCAGCAGUCUGACCCGUCAGAAAACCCUGGUACCUGCUGUCUCCGCACUAGACAUGGUUCUGUGUUGAACUAUCUCAUGCAUAUUCUACAUUGUGCCACAUCCUAAUGGUUAUUUCGUUCUUCUGAAUUGUUCUAAUAUAACCAUAUUUGAAUCAAAUGCAGCAACAGCUGACAAGAAAUAGAUUGUCCCCAAAGGGUUCUUUAAGAAGCCUCGGUGAAAAGCAUCUAUCACCACAGCACAACCCCCUCAGCAGUUCCGACCAGGAUGUUGGACCCUUUGCACUUGAGCAGCUUACCAGACAGAAACUCUUAGAUUUCAUCGUUCAGGAUAUUGUUUGUAACAAUCAUGCUGUUCACCAAAUAUCUGCUUUUGUCUUUGCUGGUGGUACAAGUGCAGUUAUUUUUGCACCAACUUCAGUCAUUCCUGUUUGUGAACAUUAAUGAUACAGCGAAGAUCCAGUGCUCUUCCAAAGAACAAUUUUUAGCAGGAGGUGGAACAGCUCAGUGGUACAGGAGACAGGAAGGUGAGGCCCCCAUGUUAAUUAAGAGAUGCUCAGAUAAUCAAAAUGUAAAUAAAAUUGCUUGCAUAUCGGAAGGACACAACUUGACCCUGGAAAUCUACAAUGCCCAACGGAGUGACUCGGGGGUUUAUUACUGUACCAAUUCCUACAUCAUCUUGACUUUUGGCAACGGAUCCACCCUGAUUGUUGGAGUGCUAGGAGUGCAGUUAUUUCUGUACCAGACUCAGCGGAUCCAGUUUGUUAAAGUUAACGGCGCUGCCAAGAUUCACUGUUCUUCCACAGAAAACUUGAAAGCAGGAAGUAACAUGUUUUGGUAUUUGAAAAGAGAAGGUGAGAAACCUACCUGCAUUAAGCGCUGUUGGGAUGAUCAAAAUCAAAGUAAAUUUGCUUGCAAACAUGAGACGCACAGCUCGACACUGGAAAUCAAAAGUAUGCAAAAGACGGAGUCUGGCAUUUACUACUGUGCAUAUAAAUACAGCAGCUACCUGAUCUUCGGGAAUGGAUCCACGCUGAUUGUUGGAGACAGUUAUACCAAGAGCAGCUGGGUGAUGCUUCUGGUCCCAUUUCCACAUGACAUUCAAGUCACUGGGACAGCAAAUCUGGCCUGUGUGAUCCAUGGAGUGUCCAGCCCAGUCCAUGUUUCCUGGAGUGUUUCUGGGGAGCUGCAGGAAAAGGGGCUUACACGCUCAUUGAAAGCAAAGGAUGGAUCUUUAAUGCUCAUAAAUCACAUCAGCGUCCCUAUGGACACCUGGACCAGUGGGAAGAAUUUCACCUGUGAAGUCAAAUUCAACUCUUCCGGCAACAGUGUGAAGAAAAGUACCAGAUAUUCUGCAGCCCCUGCCAGGGAGUGCUCACGUUACAUUGUGCCCCUUGCGGCUGGUGCUGGUCUGCUGCUGCUGGUGGUGUCUCUGAGCCUCGUCUGGACCCUCUGCCCUUCCACGCUAGGACUCAAGCCCAGGGUCUCAGCACCCCCAGCUUCUGAGGAGCCCCAGGGUGGAAUCUUAUACGCUCAUCUGGAUUUUGAUUCGCGGAAUCGCAACGGGCGCACGAUGCAGCGAUUGGCCAGAGGGAAAAGCGUAAAACCCUGAACUGUCUAGUGCAGGGGAAUCCACACAUGGGAACUGAUGUCUGGUUCUCUGCUGAUCGGACGUAGCAGCCGGAAGAAGGCUCUGCCUGUCUCCGUCUCCUUUCUUUUUGUAUUUUCUCCUCUUCUCUGUUUAGAAUAAAAAGCUCAGAAGAUCCCCACAGAGUCCAGCCUCAUCAGGUGGGAAAUCUCCUUUUAGGAUAUAAUAAUAAAGGCAUCAGGGUGUAGAUGACUUUACACGUCACGUGUGUAUUAGAUUGGAACCUCUUUGGGGCAGGGACUGUCUCUCUGUUCUGUGUGCAGCGCCUAGCACAACGGGGCCUGGUCCAUAACCGGGACUCCUGGGUGCUAUGGUAGCACAAUCAUUAUCAUCCUCCUCCUCCUCCUCCGCUCAUCUGCAGAGGGACCCAGACACAGCUGAAUGGCUUCAGCUGCCCUGCACAGAGUGAGGCCGGGUGGCAGGAGCUUGAAGAGGGGAUGUGCUGCCCCAGUGUGUGCCACGGCUCCCCUGGCCCCCAGCAGGCACAUGCUCCCUUGCAGUAACGCUACAUGGACGUGCAAUGGGAUUGGGAAGGGGAAGGAUGGAUGCAGGAGCUGGGAGGGAUGGGAAUCUCUCCCCAGGCUAGGGCUGGAGCUGCUAGUCCAGUGCUUCCUCUGGAGCAGUGUUUCUCAACGACCCGUCUGUGGACCAGUGCCGAUCCCUGAGAUCUCCCUGACACAGUUUAGGAAGGCAGCCAGGCGGUCCCUGGUAUCCAAAAGGCUGAGAAACGCUGCUCUAGAGUCUGCUGGUUUUCCCCAAAGGCGAGAUCCACAGAGCCCUGUGUUCCAGCCCCUCUGCGCCAUCUAAUAACAACACGUUAUCGAUGACUGGUGCUCUCCUGGUGCCUGAGCCUGCACGCGCUGCCUGCUUACAUCACAACUUGUGGUUGUUCAAGCUGUCGUUCAAACUGUCACUCAUUAAAAAGA